CAUCAUCCGGGACCUGACGAUUACGUCAUCGGUUUGCUGCUUGUGCAUGCCCUUGCAGAGCCGAAGAGACAAGAGUAGACUUCUGUACAUCUAGCUUGGUGACACUGACAGCAGCUGUCUUGUGUGCGUCGACAUCCGACAUUUGAAAAUGUCUCACAAGUUGGGGUUCGCCGAGAACUUCGCCUUGAGUGGCGCUGCCGCAGUGAUCUCCAAGACAGCAGCCGCCCCGAUCGAGCGUGUCAAACUCCUAGUUCAGAACCAAGAUGAGAUGAUAAAAGCCGGGCGGCUGAAGGAGCCAUACAAGGGUGUGAUCGACUGCACCACCAGAACCUUUCGUACUGAAGGAAUAUUGCCCUUCUGGAGAGGGAACUUGGCCAAUUGCCUGAGAUACUUCCCAACACAGGCUCUCAACUUCGCCUUCAAGGACCAGAUCAAGGCUACCUUCAAAACCCGCAAAGACGCGUCCUAUGCCACGAAAUUCGGCAUGAAUGUCUUGUCAGGAGGUUGUGCAGGAGCCAUGUCGCUGUGUUUUGUGUAUUCCCUCGAUUACGCUCGUACCCGUCUGGCCAACGACGCAAAGGCUGCCGGGAAGGGUGCUUCGGAACGUCAGUUCAAUGGCUUGGUAGACGUUUAUAGAAAAACCAUAAAGUCGGAUGGUUUUGUAGGCCUUUAUCGAGGGUUCGUCAUCUCUUGCGUAGGAAUCAUUGUCUACAGAGGAUGCUACUUCGGCUUCUACGACACCCUCAAGCCUAUACUGCUUGGUGAGAAUGCAAGCCUGGCCGCUUCCUUUGCGCUUGGCUAUGUAGUCACCAUCAGUUCUGGCCUCGUGUCCUACCCUAUCGAUACUAUACGACGACGCAUGAUGAUGACGUCCGGAGAAGCGGUCAAGUACAAAGGAUCCAUCGACUGCACCAUCCAGAUCAUCAAGAACGAAGGCUUUAUGUCUUUGAUGAAAGGAGCUGGCGCUAAUAUAUUGAGGGGCGUGGCAGGGGCGGGUGUGUUGUCGGGGUUCGACAAAUUCAAGGAGUAUUACAUAGCCUGGAGAAUUGCCUAAAAGUGAAUGGACACUGUACACUGCUUGUCCAAACGUGCUUGUCCCUUCCAACGCUUUUGUGGUUGCACAAACCCACGUCAUUCUUUGGAUAAAAUACAGUUAUAUUCCAUUGACAGCGCUUUAUAAAGGACUUGUAAACUUUGAUGCAUAAAUAUCAGUUUCCUUUAUAUAUACCGCCUUAACUGGAAUCUAACACGGACCCCACAGACCACCUAACUGACAAUCACUGAUAUUUGCACGAACUUUGACCUUAUCGUAUACCGUCUUGUGAAGUAUACGUUGAUACGUGUUAUGCUGAUAUAUUGCCGACGUCACUUAAAACAUUACAUCGCUCUGUGAACCACUGUCACGUGACACAGAAGUAUUUCAUGAGGAUCUGGAUACAGCUGUUGUGUACAUGGUUACAUGAUGAAAUGUGCUAAGGACUUCACAAUGAACGCUUUUUUUCUUUUCUUUUUUUGGGGGUGGGGUCCCAACGCUACUACCAUGCAGUAUUCGAAAAAUGGCACUUUUUGUUUCGUCGUUUCGCUUUGUUAUCACUUUCCCCAUUGCAUAAACUGAUACGUAGCUUAUACAUACCUUUGUUUAAGACGAGUGGGUGGAUGACGUUUGGUUUAGGAAAGAGUGUUGUGUUGUUCAUAUGCUACAGAUUACAUAGCCUAGAUCUAACUGAUAUUGUGUUUAUGAGAGGGGUUUUUUUUAAGGAAAAUGGGCCGUAUUUGUGUAACUACGAAACGAAAAAGAGUGUAUCUAAUUUCUGCUGACCAAUACAAAUUAUACUGGA